AUUUAACGUCAAGAGAUCACAGGGAGAUUCAGGUAAGCCGAGCAUCCAAUCGCAGACUUGUCUCCCACUUGAAAAAAAUAAUCCAAAAAUGGACCUCUUUGCGAUGUUUCAUCGUCCGACUUCCUCUUUCGAUCGCCAUCAUGGGACUCUUACCUCGGUCCUCCGUCACCUCGUGUUUCCCAUGUGUACAAGCCAACGAGGCAAACAUCAUCUUCGUUUACAUACUUGAAUUUCCCUCGGUAUUAGGCGCAGCAGAAUAGACACACGGCCUUUUCAAUCGGUCUCUCGCAAGUCCUGUAACAAAGGCUAUCACAAGAUUAGCAGAACAUUCGCCGUGCAUCAGUCAACAUUAUAACCUUAUCAUGUUCAGCAGCCUUUCUAGCACCCUCGCAGCAGCAGCAAGUGCCGGCGGAGUCAAGGGAGAUGCCAAGAAGUCCAUAUCCCCAACACUUCGCGCAGAUAUCUAUAGCGCCAUUGAUCAGGCGAAGCCCUGGCUCAUUGGGGGCACUGUGGGCAGGCAAGCCGGCGAUGGCGUCGCAUACCAACCCAUUAUCGCCAGAAUCCACGUACACUUCCCUGAUAUGAAAGUGGGUUUAGAUGCAUCACGAAACGUAGAGCAUGAAGCGGCGGUUAUCGUCGCUGGCAUCACAAACAUGAUCCUCGAGAUGAGCAAGUGGGAUGGAAUGGCGGGAGCUAUGGCCAUGCGUACGUGGGUUGACGCACUUGGCGAUGCGCACAGCAAGAUAAGCAGCGCGUCUACCGGAGCGAAGGGCGGUUCUCGGAAGGACCAAGUUGGACGAGGAAUCACCAGGGGCAUCAAUCAAUUGACCGACGUUACCCUCAUGACAAGAGAGUUUGCGGCGAGAAUACAAAUCAUCUCGCUGUUAAAGAGCGUAAAUACGAAGAUCCACGGCGCUGGUAGUGAUGAAGCAAGACAGGGAGAAGCGCUAUGGAGCUCAAAGUUCAUCUGAGGUUCGGAGAGUGAUAACAUCGAAUUCGAACUUCUAGACAAACAGAAAACUAGCCAGUCAGAAUGCUUCGUUGUAGCUUUGUUUUACGCCGAUCAUUUUUGCGUUGCAGAUAUGCACUAGUCUAGGAUCAUGGCAUCGGUCAUCAUCGGAUGGUCGUGAUAUCUGUUAUUGGCAAUCGUGCAGGGGUAAACGUUUCCAACCGUGGUUAAAUGGGGUUACGCAGUGUCAUGCACCCGACGGAAGGCGUCCAUCGCGACUCAUCAAUCAGAAUAGAAACGAGG